GUAAGCAAGCAAUUCGCGUCAAGCACGGAGAAGAAGAAAAAGCAGAGAGCGUGACGGGUACUGAAUGGCGAAGAAUCGCAGUCAAGUUGCAAACAGGAAUAUGAGAAACGCCGAAGAUAUUCAGCAUCUCCGUGAGAACGACGAAGACCUUCCCACUCCUCAAACAGCUGAAAGACAGCACCAGAAAUACCGGAUAAGCCCUCUACUGCUGCUCAUUCCGACUGUGCUGCUCGCGUCUCUUGUGAUUGCUGUCGUUACGAUCAUCAAAGCUAUUCCAGAGGAGUCCGUCACUACAACGACGAUGGCUGUCAAGUGCAUGUCAGACGAAUGUAUUCGCAACUUGCAAUUUUUAGAUCAGAUCAUGCAUUUCGGCAUAGAUCCAUGCACUGCUUUCCACUCCUACACCUGCGGGCGCUUUAUGUCCCCUACGAAGUACAUGCUCGCGAAGAUGAACCACAAUCUGGCGACUAGGGCAUACGAGCUGGCCCUGGGGGAAAAGGUGCAAGCUUACCCGCAGGCGUUGAACGCUGAGCAGAAGGCAUACAAGCUGUUCCACAUGUGCCUUGACCUCCACAAUGCCAAACGCAAGGAACCAGAGGCCCUGGUCACGGUACUAGACAAACUGAAGCUGAAUCCCGCCUCGAUUGGAGACGAGGAUAAUGAGGACCCCCUGGACCGCAUGAUGGAGACGUCAUUCGCCUAUGGAGUGCACGGCUUAAUUGAGUUCGUCGUAGACAGUGUUGUCAUCGUCAAGAAGAAGCGACUCCUGAAGGUUUCAGUCGCUUCAGAAGAAAUUCUCUGGCACAAGGAAAGGAAAACCCUUGUCGAAGAAAACAGCCUGGUGGAAUACUACAUGAGCCGGCUUGAAGCAAUCGGGGUCUUCAGCUCCAAACAAGAUGCUGAGGUAUACAUUCCUAAACUGGCAGAACUGGAGAAUUCUGCUAUUAUGCACAUGGCAGAAUCUGUUGGGUUAGACUACAGGAGCCUUCUUCAAUCUGAAACGGUUGUGGCAAAGAAUAUAUCAGCGUACACCAAGGGACAAGUGAAUACAGACAGGUGGCUGCGACUGCUUGCCAAGUACGGAUCGUACGGCGGAGAUGACCGCGUCGUGGUGCAAGCGGCCGGGCUCAAGUUCCUGACACGGUUGCUCAGAGAGUCCGGCACGGAAGGCGUCCGCCGACUGCUCUCCUGGAGCCUGGUUCGCCAGUGGGCGCCCUUGGCCGAUGGCAGCCUCGAUUCAGAGGGUCCCUGGGCGCGCAACGUGAGCUGCGUCGAGACGGUGAUGGCGGUGCUUAAGCUGCCGUUCCUGGCGCGCGUCCUUUUCCACAGUGUAUCAAAAGACCGACUAAGGGACGCUAGCUCAUUGGCGAGAAAGAUGCACAGCACGUUCUCCAAAAUGCUUGAAAACUCAUCGACGUUCCAAGGAGAGCCGAAGCAGAAAAUUAUGGACAAAUUGGCCAAGCUGAAAGUAGUCAUCGGCUAUCCUGAAGCAGUCAACACAACCAAGAAAGUGGACGCUCUCUAUGCCGGACUCACCUUGUCGGGAGCAACUCUAUUCGAGAAUUGGCUUGAGGCCUCCAAGUACAAACAGAAGAUUAUUUCCAAGGAUCGCGAGACUAUGCUGUUCGACGCAACGUCGGCCAUGGUGUUUUAUGACGCAAUGACAAACCAGGUGAUCGUCCCAGCUGGGGCACUGCUGCCACCGCUCUUGUACAGCCCAGAGGGGGCUCCUGCUUACAAUUACGGCAGCUUGGGACAAUACGUAGCUGUGGAAAUGGCCCGUGGCUUCGGACCGAUGGGUAAAAAUUCCAACUACGAGAACGAGCUAAACCCUUGGGUAACUGCAGAAGUGCAGAGAUUCUACGACAGCGUCAAGAACUGCCUGACUGAAAGCUGGGAUAUUGUCAAGAACGACCAUCUACCUUUUCACAACCCGCCGGAAGUAGACAGUUCCUUUGUGAUGGACACAGACACGGCGUUCUCCGACCUUGUGGGUGCAAGAGUAGCUUACGAAGCGUACACGUCGGUUGAGUCUGGACUGCAGAAGCUCUCCGUAGACCCGGAGAGGCUCAGACCCGCCGUGAAGCAAUUCUUCGUAGGCAACUGCGUCAAGUGGUGCCUGGAUGCAAAUUCCAAGUUGGUGAACUACGCCGGGCCCUUUCGUUGUGUGCUUCCCCUGGUUAAUAUCGGAGGCUUCAGUGAAGCGUUGCGCUGCAAGCGUAGCAGUGGUUACGCCUCCAUGCUCAAGUGCCCCUUGCUUUGAAGGAGCGAAUCUGUGGGCUGCUGCUCUGGCUAGUGUCUUUGGACGUGCACUUGAGAGCGGCGAGGACGUUAAAAGAAUCAGAUGUGCCUUUGAAACAGCGUAUAGGGGGUCAAAUGAAAUAGACGUCGUGCCAAACAUUUGUUUCAUGCCAAAGUGAGGGGAAAAAAGAACGGUUGUAUACGAAAUAGCUCUCACGAAAAUCACGUCAUGACUGCCUCAAGGGUUGCCGUGAGCUUGGAUAUUGUAGAACCCAUGGUUACAAAGUUCUUUUUAUCUCUCUACUCAGUGUAAUUUGCGCAAACAAUAAAUGCAUCUACUGA